UACUCAUUUCUGAGCACAUCCAUCUUGACUUUUGCAUGGCCACUCUGGUCCCUGUUUCGCAUCUCUGAUUCCAAUCCCAAUCCCAAUUCAAGACUGAUGAUGCAGCCUUCUUGCAAGCACUCAAGGUUUCUUUCUAGAGGACUAAGCACUAGUUCAUCAGUGGUCUAUACUUCAUUAUACAUAGUUGCACUGCAUAUUCCCUAACUCUGAUCGAAUUUGAGGACACGUCAGAUUAGGAGAAUAAAUUAUUGGAAAAUUUCUUGCAUCUAGCAUUCCAUGUUUAGACCCCUCCCUUUCUCUCUCCUCCCCCCAACCACCUUGCCAUUAUAUAAGUAGAGCCAUCAAAGAGCCAUUUCCAAGGGCUCUACACGAAGUUAGGUCACUAGUGGUUGUAACGAACCUCCGGCUCCUAGUGAAAGUUUCAGACCCCGUUUUUAGUAAGUGAGGCUAGGGGCUUGCUUGGCCAGGAUGAAGUUCAUGAAACUUGGCACCCGGCCUGACACCUUCUUCACAUCUGACUCCGUGAGGUCUGCCUGCACAGAGGUGGCCACUGACCUGCAAAUCCUGGUGGAUAACCGCGUGUAUCACCUCCACAAGUUUCCGCUGCUCUCGAAAUGCAUGCUUCUGCAAGCGCUCUGCGCCGACUCUGGCGGCGGCGACGCCGUCGAGCUACAGGGCUUCCCGGGCGGUGCGGAGGCGUUCGAGGCCUGCGCCAAGUUCUGCUACGGCAUCACUGUCACGGUGAGCGCGCGCAACCUCGUCCCGCUCCGGUGCGCGGCCGCGCACCUCGGCAUGUCCGAGGCCGCCGACCGCGGUAACCUCGCCGCCAAGCUCGACGCGUUCCUCGCCUCCUGCCUCCUCCGCCGUUGGAAGGACGCGCUCGGCGUGCUCCACUCCACGCGCCACUAUGCCCCGCUCUGCGAGGACCUCGGCCUCACGUCCCGCUGCGUGGACGCCGUGGCCGCCCUCAUCACCAGCCCCGACACUGCCUUGCCCGCCAGGUCGACGUCGGUGUCGCCGUGGUGGGCGCACGACAUCGCCGAGCUCGGCGUCGACCUGUUCUGGCGCAUCAUGGUGGCAGUCAAGGCGACUGGCGCCGUCCACGAGAAGACUGUCGGCGAUGCGCUAAAGGCGUACGCGCGGCGGUGGCUGCCGAACGUCGCCAAGGACGGGCUCUCCGCGGACCAGCCGUUUGACGAAGCCGGCAUUGCCGACGACGCCGACGCCAGCGUGAAGCAGAUCACCACGAAGCAUCGCCUCUUGCUUGAGAAGAUCGUGAGCCUGCUCCCGGCGGAGAGGGACGCCGUGUCAUGCGGCUUCCUGCUCAAGCUCCUCAAGGCGGCCAACAUCCUGAGCGCGUCCGCGGCGUCCAAGGCGGAGCUCGUGAGGAGGGUGGCGUGGCAACUCGAGGAGGCCAGCGUCGCCGACCUGCUGAUCCCGUCGCUGUCCUGCGUCAGCGAGACGCUGUACGACGUGAACGCUGUGGCGGCCAUCGUCGACGAGUUCGCGCUGCGACACGCGGCGGCCGCACCGCCGCCGGCGCCGCUGGCUCUCUAUGGGAGCCCCGACGACAGCCCAGCGCACUCAGCCGGGCAUCGGCGGUCACGCUCGGCAGAGAGCGUGAGCUUCGACGGCUCACGUCGGUCCCUGUCGGCCGCGCCCGUUUCGCCGGGCGUGCUUGUGAGGGUGGGCAGGCUGGUGGAUGGAUUCUUGGUGGAGGUGGCCAAGGACCCCAACCUGCCGCUGGACAAGCUGCUCGCCAUUGCCGAGGCCCUGCCAGACAGCGCCCGGCCUGAGAACGAUGGCCUCUACAAAGUCGUCGACACGUACCUCAAGGCGCAUCCGGAGAUGAGCAAGAGCGCCAGAAAGCGGCUGUGCCGAGUGCUCAACUGCCGGAAGCUGUCGGAGAAGUCGUGCGCGCACGCGGCGCAGAACGAGCUGCUCCCGCUCCGCGUGGUCGUGCAGGUGCUCUUCUUCGAGCACGCUCGCGCGGCGGCGCUGUUGGGAGGCCACGCCGCCGUCGCCACGGACCUGCCGAGCAACAUCCGAGCGCUGUUGUCCAAGUCUGGGUCGUCGGAGGACGACGAGACCGACCGCGUCGACGAGCAGCGGCUCCGGGCGCUCGCGUCCGGCGCGUCCCCGGGCGACGACUGGAGCGUGGAGGGUCUCCGGCGUGCGGCGUCCAAGAUCGCCACGCUGCGGAUGAAGCUGGAGGAGGACGACGACGAUGACCACGCCGCCGACGAAUUCGAGCGCAAGGCCGGGCUGGCGCGCAGCGCGUCGCUGAGGUUCAGGGCGUUCUGCGCCAUCCCGGCCGGGAAGCCGAAGCGGGUGCUGAGCAAGCUGUGGCCGCUCGGCAGACGCGGCACCAUUAGCCACUAGCCAUUAUUAGGUUUUUCUUGUGAUCUCCACUUUUCAAAUGGUGAUUUGUUUGUCCCUUCUACUUCUUCCUCCUACGUCUAGUUGUAAUUUUAAUGGUUACAAUAAAUAGAAAUUGCACAGGCUACUUACUCCUCUUACAUGUAUGUAAGUUGAUUGAGCUUCAACUCGAGUGGCAAGUAUGA